CAGAAGAAGAGCGGGAGAUGGAGAGGGAGAGGGAGAGAGAGAGAGAGGGGGAGAGGGAGAGAGAGCGCAAAUCACCCAGGAAAGGGAAUUCACGUGGUGGGAAAGGAGCCAAAGGAGAGAAGGAGAAAACAAGGGAACAUAGAGUCAAGAAAAAGAAGGCAAAGGAAGGGAAGAUGAGAGAUGAGGAAUGGGAAGGAGAGGAGGAGACCCCCAAACGCAGGAAGAACCGCAAGAACGAGAAAACCAAGAAACAGAAAGAGGACAAGAAAGAAGAUGAAGACGGAAAGUCCAGGAGGAAGAACACCAAGGACCGGCGAGCUAAGAGGGAUGAGGAGAAGGAGAGAGAGAAAGAGAGUAAGGAAGCAAAAGAGAAGGAUGAAAAGAAGGACAAGGACAGAAAAAAGAAGAAAAAGAAGAGAAGAGUGGUGACAAGCUCAGAAUCUGAGGAGUCUUCUGAAGAGGACGAGGAGGAAGAGGAGGAAGAGGAGUCAUCUGAGGAAGAAGAGGGAGUGACGCUCUCCCCAGAAGAGCUGGAGGCGCUUAAAGAGGCGGUGGAGGAGAGGAAGAAGACCAUCGCCACGCUAAGAGCCAAACCCUUGCCCAUGAGGAAGAAGCUGGUGACCCUGAGGGAAUCCCAGGAGUUUGUGGAGAAAUACGAGGGCGCUCUUGGCAUGGGCAAGGGCAGGAAGCUGUACGCUUACAAAGUCAGGAUGGUGAAGAAAUGUAUGAAGUUUCGGAGAGAUUUUGAGAACUUCAGAACUGCCUGCAUUCCCUGGGAAAUGAAAAUAAAGGAGAUUGAAAGCCAUUUUGGCUCCUCGGUUGCCUCUUAUUUCAUCUUCUUGCGCUGGAUGUACGGCAUCAACAUGAUUUUGUUUGGGCUGACCUUUGGCCUUGUCAUGGUGCCUGAGGCACUGAUGGGAAAGCCGUAUGGCAGCAUGCCCAGGAAGACCGUGCCCCGGGCUGAGGAGAACAGCGCCAUGGACUUUGCCGUUCUGUGGGACUUUGGGGGCUAUGCCCAGUACUCUGUCCUGUUCUAUGGGUUCUAUAACAGCCAGCGUGCUAUUGGCUGGCUCAAGUUCCGCAUGCCCCUGUCCUACUUCCUGGUUGGAGUGGGGACUGUGGCCUACAGCUACAUGGUGGUUAUAAGAACCAUGGCGCGGAACGCCAAUGAGGAAAUGGGCGGGGACGACACCAGCUUCAACUUCAGCUGGAAGCUGUUUACCAGCUGGGAUUACCUCAUCGGUAACCCGGAAACCGCUGACAACAAGUUCGCCUCCAUCACCACCAGCUUUAAGGAGUCCAUCGUGGAGGAGCAGGAGAGUCACAAGGAUGAGAACAUUCACCUGACCCGCUUCCUGCGGGUGCUGGCCAACUUCCUGGUCCUGUGCUGUCUGGCAGGAAGUGGCUAUCUCAUCUACUUUGUGGUCAGGAGGUCACAGAAGUUUGCCUUGGAGGGCCUGGAGAACCACAGCUGGUGGGAAAGGAACGAGGUAAACAUGGUGAUGUCACUGUUGGGCAUGUUCUGCCCGAUGCUGUUCGACGUGAUCAGCACUCUGGAGAACUACCACCCCCGCAUCGCCCUCCAGUGGCAGCUGGGACGGAUCUUCGCCCUCUUCCUCGGCAACCUCUACACCUUCAUCAUCGCCCUGAUGGAUGAGAUCAACCUCAAGAGACAGGAAGAGGAAGUGGUCAAGUUGAACAUGACUGUUUGGCAGACCAGUCUGUACAACGGAACGCUGUCGGCCAACAGCACUGUUCCCCCGGUAACCGUGGCCCCUGCCGACGUCCCCAGGGGCCCCUGCUGGGAGACGAUGGUGGGACAGGAGUUUGUUCGGCUCAUCAUAUCGGACACGAUGACCACGUACAUCACGCUGCUGAUCGGUGACUUCCUGCGGGCCGUCUGCGUCCGCUUCCUCAACUACUGCUGGUGCUGGGACCUGGAGUACGGCUUUCCGUCCUACUCAGAGUUUGAUGUCAGCGGGAACGUGCUGGGGCUGAUAUUCAACCAAGGGAUGAUCUGGAUGGGUGCGUUCUACGCCCCCUGCCUGCCUGCACUGAACGUGCUGCGGCUGCACGUCUCCAUGUACCUGCAGUGCUGGGCCGUCAUGAGCUGCAACGUCCCGCAGGAGAGGGUCUUCAAGGCCUCCGGGUCCAACAACUUCUACAUGGCCAUGCUGCUGGUCAUCCUCUUCUGCACGCUGCUCCCCACCAUCUACCUACUAUGCUCACCCUGUUCCUUCCCCCUUCCCUCUUUCAGUGGGAAGAACCGUAUGUUCGACGUGAUCCAGGAAACCCUGGAGAACGAUUUUCCCGUGUGGUUCGGAAAGGUGUUCAGCUACGCCUCGAACCCGGGACUGAUCCUCCCUUUCAUUCUGCUCAUGGUUUUAGCCAUUUAUUAUCUGCAGUCCACAUCCAAGACCUACAAGACCGCCAAUGUGGAGCUAAAGAAGAAGCUUCAGGCCCAAAAUGAGGAGAACAAGAAGAAGAACAAGAAGGCUGCCUUAAAGGCCGCGAGCGAGCUGGAUGAAGCAAGAAACGCUGCCUCCUGUAGGCAGGAGGAGAACAAUGCAUCACUGAACAAUAGAGGGAACAGGAGAGAGAGCGAGAGAUGCGAGCAGGACCAAUCGAGGCAGCAGCUCCACCCCUCAAAUGAGCGAGGGGGACGUCCCUCCGGAGCCCCGCCCUCCCGUGGCCCCGCCACCCGGCCGCCGCCUCCCCGUGGUCCCGGAGCGCAGGGGUACCUCCCCGGAAACCCGCGCCCGCUGGAACCCAGAAUGCAACGGGGCCAAAACUCAUACAGACGCUGACAGGUGUGACGCAGUCAAGGAGACGGGACACGAUUUCAGGUGCUUUACGGGAACAGAAAUGCUCUGCUUAGGUGAUCUGGUGAAGACUGCGGGCUUCCAGAUCACUGCCCCGACUCCUCCUUUUGAAAACACUAAAGAACAACAGAAGUAUAUUUGAAAAGCAUAUUUAUCUUUUUAUGUAUCUAUUUUUAUAAGGAAGAUACCAUAUUGAAAACUGUUCGUAUUUUGGCAGUGUUUGUGUAUGUACCCACUACAUAUUCAAAAAUUUUUAUCUGUAAAUGUAAGAGCUCUUAUUGGUGUACUGGGAGUCAGCGUCAUGGCUGUCGAUACACUUUUAGCAGGAAUAUGCACUGGGUGAGGACUGCAGGUAGGGGGCAGUCUUUUCUGCAUUGUGCAAAUCAUUGUUCUUCUGAGGGACAUGGGAAACAUGUAUCCUCCACCUACACCAGUAACACAGAGAGAUAGAGCUGUCUCAAUGUGUCUUCUCUUAUCAAAAGCACAAUGGAAUUUUACAGGGCCAUGGGAGUUGGCGACGAUUUCAUAAUUUGCGCAGUUUGUAUCACGGCUUGUACUUCAUGCAGUGGAAAAACAAGGGGGCUUCAGGUGUGCGAUUUACGAUUUUAUUUUGAGCCCCUGUUCCUACCCCCAGCCUCACACUCGUCCUUACCUGCCCCUUCACCAAGUGACAGAAUUAGCAGGUGUGUUCGUCCAGGUACCUGAGUUGGGGGUACAAAGCCUGAACCAUGAAUUAUUCAUAGAGGAAAUGGACUCCCUUGAAGCCUUCCUUUACAUUGCAGCGUUUUAGUUAAGGAACCUGCAUUAGAAUAAUGGAAUUGGUUGAAUAUUUCAAAAGCCAAUGUAUCACUUGGCUGGGGCAGAUAAGAUCAGGUCACGGCAGGGAAUGCUGCUAGUUGGCCACUAAGAAGUGCUGUCCAGUCCUGACUGAAUAAGCCCAGUACAUAACCGAUCUGGUGGGGACUGUGAUGUUUUUCAUUUGGAUGCUGAAAGGCAGGCCCUGCUCGUCUGUACUAAUUAUAGAUCAUGUGACACACUUUAAAGUGUUGAACACUUAACCCAUUGUGUUCUGUCUUUCCCAAAGUGGCUGUCUAUUAGGUUUUAAAUGACUCCAUUGACCACAUUCUCCAUGCUGUGUACAAUCAGCACACCCUGAGGAACUUUUGGUACUAGUGCUCAUGGGAAAUGAAGUCCAUUGUCAGCAGUUGUGUUGUACUUUGACACAAGCUCUGGACCAGACCUCCCUUGGGCAUCAAUGGAACAUUUUGUCUGUUGAAUUCAGCCCAGGCCAGGACCUCCCAUGCAAAUGAGAAACAAGCUGAGCGCGCUCGCAUGCUCUAACGAACGAAUGACAUUUGGUCUCCGCUCUCAACAUGGCAUGGCUCCAGCUUUGCGGUAAGGGCAGCCAGUGGCUAUGGAACCCAAGGACUAGCUCAUGUGGUUCUUGUCAGUCAACUCCAGACAGGCGUGGCCAAGGGAUCACGUCUUCCUUGUUGAUUCUCCAAUAAGAUGAGAUCGGAUGUCCCAGGAGCAAAGCCUGCCCCUCUUUGCACUGAUUGGAGUUUGUCUAACAUUACAUAUAUUUGGCAGCUAGAGUGACGUACAAGAAGUGCAUAUUGAAGGUCAUUGGAACAACUACAAAACACAAGUCCGAUAAGGUACUCAUUAUGUAACAGUUAUCCAUAGCCGUGAACACAAUAAGUCCACUUCACACGGUAAGCAUAGGCUAGGUCAGAGAGUAAUAUUAAGUCAAACUAGGAGGCAACGAGCCACAACAUCAAGAUAAUGAUACAAGUGCAAUAUAAGUGCUGUAUGGAGGUGCAUGUAAUAUGAAAGUGGUACACGAGGUACAUGUGUUCCAUAAAAGUGUUACAGAUUGGAAGGGCCCUGUAGAGUGGGGAUAGUUAGGUAUAGUCUGAAGAGAUGCGUCUUCAGACCAUGGUGGAAAAUGGUCAAUGACUGAGAGGUUCGCAGAGGACCAGGGAGUUUGUUUCACCACUGGGGAGCUAGGGUGGAGAAGCUUUGUGGUUGGGUCGAGCGAGACCCAUUUACCUGGAUGGCACGAGUCCCUUGCAUAGCCAGGCCCGUUCGAUCCCCUGUGAUGAUUGACACCUGUCACUCAACAUAAGGAAGCAUAGCCGUAUGUCAGUUUUAUCACUGCCCCUCCAGAGGGGUAGCAGUCAAUUUCAUUUUUAUGCAGCACAUUCUGUGCAGAGUCAUUUCCCCAAAAGAUAUAUAUAGCACGUUACAUUUACCCAAAUGCAGUUUAAUUUCGCAAACAAAAUGGACACUUACCAAGCUGUAUUUUCUCAUUUCAGACAACUUUAUCAUUUUGACAUUAUAGUUGGUCAAGUAAUUCCAUUAAUAAUUUAAUGUUCAUAUAAAAUUUAUCACUGGUAAUCAUUAAGUAUUUACUUUCAGCUGUGUCACCUGAGAACUUAAGAGGAAGUUUUUUUGUAUGUGAAAGACAGAUCAAAGAUUACUUCACUGAGAUUAAAAUGCGGCUGUCAACACUAAAAUUCAUUGAAAACAUAAAAUUAUCAAUGUUGACACGCUAAAAUAAAUGGAAAGAACGUGUCCAUGCAUCAUUUGAAUAAUUGUUUUUAAUUUGGCAUGUCAUUUAUUUUUGCAUGCCAACAGCAUUGUUGUAUAAUGGUUAUAUGCGCUGCUUUUGUGCGCCUAGAGUAAGUACACUACUUAACCUGAACUGUUUCAGUUCAUAUCCAGCUGUAUUUAUAGACUGUGUAAAAUAAUUAAUCCAAAAGUUCCUCACUACGAGCGUUUGCUAAACGUAAUAUUUAGUAAAUGUAAUUAAAAGUGUUUGUGUCCAUUUUAAGCAAAGUUAUGCCUAUUUGAACAAGUCCUAAACAAAAAGUAUUAAAAUUUUAAGCAUGUUGGCAUGAAGCAGGACAUGUAUGUUGCCUUAUAAUUGUUGGAAUGUCUGUUGCCUUUUAUUCGAGGAGAAAUCGGAAUUUAUUUACAUGGUUCAAUUUUUAUGUGAAAAUGUAUUCAAUUUGCUGCAUUACAUGCUGCAUUAUUUGUUUUCUAUGCGUGGCACGGCCUGCAUCAGUAGUUUUCUGUUAACGUUUGUCCUUGCUGGGGUGCCAGGGCUGGCCUGGCACCCGCAAGCCGUCUCCUCGUGUCAGCGUCAACACGAUGAUAACACCUGCGCAUCGCGAUCUCACUUACGGGGUUAUCUGUCGUUAUAGUGUAUCGUUUGUCACUUAGUUGACGUCUUUAACAGCGAGCGAAAAACCUAGACUACGUCGCAUCCAAGAAUUGAGAUUGCGUACACUGCAUCCCAAAAAAUGUUAAGGACAUAAGAGUAAAACAGCAUUUGAAGAGAGGAACAGGCCAUUCAUUCCACUUAUUGCUCAUUUGAAGAACGAAUGGCCUUGCCGUAGAAAAUUUAAGGUGACGUCAACCGACUAAAUGUAGGUUACAUGAAAAUAUGGAGCGAUUUGUGGGAGACUUGAAUUGUGGAUUAUAGGAUCAGGGUGGUUUUCUCGG